CCGCGGCGGCGUCAGGCCUGGAAUGCAGCUUCCCUGGGCGCGGGAGCCUGUUCGGGGUGGGGUUUCGCCCCGUCCCCUCCUCCCCCAGCCCGGGCCGGCUUCCAGCGCUUUCCGGGAGCAUUCGGGACUGCGCCGCUCGAGUUGCAAGGAGGCGCGCGGAUCCUGCGCCGCGCGCGGGCCAGGGACAAUGGCAGAGCCCGAGAGCCGGGGCGGCGAGCCGCGCCCUCCUCGCUGGGCGCACCGCGCGCCGCCUGCGCCGCAGGAACCAGGAAAGAGCGGUGGCCUGCACGUGACGGCGGCGGAAGAUGCGGAAUGCCGCAGAACCAAGGAGCGUCCGUCUAACGGGAGCAGCCGGCAGUCCUCGUCCAAGUGUUCCCGCAACAUCCCCAGGAGGCACACGCUAGGCGGGGCCCGGAGUUCCAGAGAAAUCCUGGGAAUGCAAACCUCAGAGAUGGACAGGAAAAGAGAGGCCUUCCUGGAGCACCUGAAGCAGAAGUACCCGCACCACGCCACGGCCAUCAUGGGCCACCAGGAGAGGCUGCGAGACCAGACAAGAAGCCCCAAGCUGUGUCACAGCCCCCAGCCCCCCAGCUCGGACCCUGUGGAGCACCUGUCGGAGGCGUCUGCUGAUUCCUUGGAAGCCAUGUCGGAGGGCGACACCCCGAGCCCGUUCUCGCGAGGCAGCCGGACACGCGCCAGCCUCCCGGUGGUGAGGUCGACCAACCAGACCAAGGAGCGGUCGCUGGGGGUUCUCUACGUGCAGUACGGCGAUGAAACCAAGCAGCUCAGGAUGCCAAACGAAAUCACGAGCGCUGACACGAUCCGAGCUCUCUUUGUAAGUGCCUUCCCGCAGCAGCUCACCAUGAAGAUGCUGGAGUCGCCGAGCGUGGCCAUCUACAUCAAAGACGAAAGCAGGAACGUCUACUACGAGUUGAACGACGUAAGGAAUAUCCAGGACAGAUCGCUCCUCAAGGUGUACAACAAGGACCCUGCACACGUGUUUAAUCACACUCCGAAAACCAUGAACGGCGACGCGAGGAUGCAGAGGGAAAUGGUCUACGCACGAGGAGAAGGCCCCGGUGCCUCCCGACCCGGCUCCAUGGCUCAUCCCGCCCACGCGAUCCCGAGCUCCCCGCCGUCCACACCCGUGCCCCAUUCCAUGCCCCCCUCCCCGUCCAGGAUCCCGUACGGGGGCUCCCGGCCCAUGAUGGUGCCUGGCAACGCCACCAUCCCCAGGGACAGACUCUCCAGCCUGCCCGUCUCCCGAUCCAUCUCCCCCAGCCCCAGUGCCAUCCUGGAGAGACGGGACGUCAAGCCGGAUGAGGACCUCGGAGGCAAGAACCUGGCCAUGUAUAGGAACGAGGGUCUCUACGCGGACCCCUACCUCUACCACGACGGGCGCAUGAGCAUAGCCUCGUCCCAUGGAGGCCACCCCCUUGAUGUCCCCGACCACAUUGUCGCCUACCACCGCACAGCCAUCCGCUCGGCAAGCGCCUACUGCAACCCCUCCUUGCAAGCCGAGAUGCACAUGGAGCAGGCGCUGUACCGGCAGAAACCCAGAAAGUACCCCGACAGCCAGCUGCCCACGCUGGGCGCCAAGACGCCACCCGCCUCCCCGCACCGGGUCGGCGACUUGCGCAUGCUGGACCUGCCGGCUCACGGCGCCCACGGGCUCCCCCACACCCUGCAGCCCGACCGCGCCUCGCCCAGCCGUCAGUCCUUCAAGAAGGAGCCGGGCACCUUGGUGUACCUGGAAAAGCCACGGAACCUUCCGGGCUUUGUGGACCUCGGGCCGCCCCUGGUCGAGAAGCAAGUAUUCACCUACAGCACAGCCACUAUUCCCAAAGACAGAGAGACCAGUGAGAAAAUGAUGAGACCGGCAGCCAGCAGGAGCCACACGGAUGGUGCAGGCACACCCCACAUUGCCGGCGGGAAGACCCUCGGCGCCCUGGAGCCCGCAGAGCCGCUGGGGCCACCCGUGCCCGCCGGCGCCUCGGCCGUGCACCUGAGCCUGCUGGACAUGCGACGCGGUGUGGCAGAGCUCAGACGGCAGCUGCAGCAGAUGCGACAGCUGCAGCUGCAGAACCAGGAACUGCUGCGCACAAUGAUAAAAAAGGCAGAGCUGGAGAUCAGCAGCAAAGUCGCAGAGACCAUGAGGCGCCUGGAGGACCCCGUGCAGCGACAGCGCACCCUGGUGGAACAGGAGAGACAAAAGUACCUCCGGGAAGAGGGGAGGAUUGGCCAGAAGCUAAGCGAGCUGGAGGAAUUCGUGGAUGACCUGAAGAAGGAGCCCACAGCCACGGGCCGUGCCGUGACGCUGAAAGACGUGGAGGACGGCGCCUUCCUCCUGCGGCAGGUGGGAGAAGCCGUGGCCGCCCUGAAAGGGGAGUUCCCCACCCUGCAGAACAAGAUGCGUGCGGUCCUGCGCAUCGAGGUGGAGGCCGUGCGCUUCCUGAAGGAGGAGCCGCACAAGCUGGACGGGCUCCUGAAGCGGGUGCGGGGCCUCACGGACGUCCUGACGGUGCUGCGCAGGCAUGUGACCGACGGGCUCCUGAAGGGCGCCGAUGCCGCCCAGGCCGCGCACUACAUGGCGGUGGAGAAGGCCACGGCCGCGGAGGUCCUGAGGGGCCCAGAGGAGGCCGGCGGCCCAGCCCGCGGCGACGCGAAGCCGGACGUGGUGCCCCUGACCGGGCAGCAGGCGCAGAGCCCGCCCGGCCCGCUCGCGGAGGACGCCAGGACCAGAGCCGCGGCCGUGGAGAAAGUUGAAAAGAAAUGGGAAGAGAAAAGGCCAAACCCGGACCACUACAACGGCAAAGAGUUUGAGAAGCUCCUGGAAGAAGCUCAGGCCAACAUCAUGAAGUCCAUUCCAAACCUGGAGAUGCCGCCCGCGCCGGGCCCGCCACCCAGGGGAGAGGGCACAGUGGACAAGCUGGAGCUCUCGGACUCUCCAAAUUCAGAGCAGGGGGGAAAGUCACCACCCCCUCCUCCCCCGCCCCCUCGGCGAAGCUACCUGCCAGGAACCGGGCUCACCACCACGAGGUCGGGGGACGUGGUCUACACCAGCAGGAAGGAGACCGUCACGGCCAAGGCGAGCAGCGAGGACGCCGGACCGAGCCCACAGACCAGAGCCACCCGGUGUUCCACAGAGGAGCCCGCCUCAGCCUGGACCCCGGCCUCACCAGCAGUCACUGCGUCUCCCAAGGACGAGGAGGAGGAAGAGGAAGGAGACAAAAUAAUGGCAGAGCUGCAGGCCUUCCAGAAGUGUUCCUUUAUGGAUGUAAACUCAAACAGUUUCGCUGAGCAGCCCCGGGCUGACACUAGGCCGGGCGCCACAGCCCCAGCCAAGGAGAGAAAGAGCUCGGAGCUUCCCCAUGAAGACGCGUGGAAAUCUGAGCUUGCGCGCCCGCACGGCCCCCACACGGCCUCGCCACAGGUCGCGGCAGGGGCUCUGAGCCCUGGUGGCGCCCCCAGCCGGGACACAGGCAAGAACGGUGUUCCUGAUGCGUCCACAGCUGCAGAAUCCAAACCCGACGUGUCGGGGAAGGAGAGCUCCAUACCCGGUGACGCUAGAAACUUCCAGAAACGCGCGGUGGAGGCCAGUCUCAGCGUCUCCAGCGUGAGCUCAUUAGAAGACGAGCGAAGCAAACGACCGGCCGUGGCAGGGCCGCAGCUCCCCACGCCGGGCCUGGAGCCUCAGAACUACGGAAAGACCCAGGAGAGAGAGCAAGAACGAGGGGAGCACACAGGAAGGGCCCACGUUCCCUCCCUGACCCCAGCGACAGAGCUGGCUCAAGCCCCAGGCCUGGAGGCGCCGCCGACAGGGGUGGGCCAAGUUGUCCUCAGACCCAAAGGGGCCAGGCACGUGCCCGUGCCACCCGCCGAGAACGGGGACCCGACCCCGGGCCCCCCGAGCGAGGGCAACAUCGCCUUCAUGAUCACCAGGACGGCCGUGCAGGCGCUGUCCAGCGGCGAGGUGCAGGACAUCGUGAGCCGCAAGGGGGAGGAGGUGCAGACGGUGACCAUCGACGGCAGGCGGGAGGGGCCGGGGCCCGAGGAGCCCGUCGUGUGCCUGGACAGGAAGCCCGUCAUCAUCAUCUUCGACGAGCCCAUGGACAUCCGCUCUGCCUACAAGAGGCUGUCCACCAUUUUCGAGGAAUGCGACGAGGAGUUGGAGAGAAUGAUGACAGAGGAGAAGAUAGAGGAGGAGGAAGAGGAGGAGAAUGGGGACCCCGUCCAGAGCAGUUCCGCCCCCGGGCCUGCCUCCACGGUGGCCUCAGGCACUCUGGGGACAGCACAGCCCGCCGAGAGCCCGUUCCCGCUGCCCUCGCCGCUGGUGGCAGGGAGCAGGGCCCCCAGGAAAGCCGACCUGAACGAGUCGGGCCCGGGAGACGCUCUGAGUCCCGAGGGCAGGGGCGAUGCAGCCGACGAGCAGUUUGACAGCCCCAAGAAGAAGUUCAAAUUCAAGUUCCCCAAAAAGCAGCUGGCCGCGCUCACGCAGGCGAUCCGCACCGGCACCAGAACAGGGAAGAAGACGCUGCAGGUGGUGGUGUACGAGGAGGAGGAGGAAGACGGCACCCUGAAGCAGCACAAGGAAGCCCGGCGCUUCGAAAUCCCCAGCUCGCAGCCCGAGGGGGCGCUCGAGGGCCCGGCCCAGAGCUCACGGACCGAGGAGAUCCGGAAGAACACCUACCGGACCUUGGACAGCCUGGAGCAGACCAUCAAACAGCUGGAAAACACCAUCAGCGAGAUGAGCCCCCGAGCCCUCGCCGAUCCGCCACGCGGCCACGGGCCCCCUCCCCACACCCUGCUAGUGCGGGAUGACGUGCCCACUGCCCCAGAGCCCCCCACGCCAGUACCGCCAGCUCCGCGUAAGGGCUCCGGCGGGACCCCCCAGACCAGCAGAAUGCCAGUGCCCCUGACUUCCAAGAGCAGACCCGGGAGCCUGGACAAAGCCGGCAAGCCGUCCAAGCUGCAGGACCCGCGCCAGUACCGCCAGGCCAAUGGAAGUGCUAAGAAAGCUGGUGGGGACUUUAAGCCUACCUCUCCCUCCUUGCCUGCCUCUAAGAUCCCUGCCCUGUCCCCCAGCUCUGGGAAAAGCGGUUCUCUCCCCUCUAGCGGUGACGGCUCCAGCCUCCCUAACGCGCCCGCUCCUAAGCCAUCGGCCGCUUCUAACCCUCUCAGCCCCUCCGCAGGACGGCCCGCCCCCGCCGCCUCCCUCAUCCCCUCCGCCUCUAACGGCGCCUCCAAGUUGGCGCACGCAGGGAAAGGCCAGCACCUGCCGCUGCCCCCGCAGACUCACAACGGCCGCGCCGCCCCUCCCGCGCCCUCCGCCUCCCCCGCCUCCCCCCCCUCCCUGAGUCACGGCGCCAAGGGCGCCCGGACGCUGCUGGGCCCUGGCCUUGCCGGCUACAAGGCGCAGAACGGAGGUUCCAGCAAGACCGCGCCCGUCGCCGCCAAGGAGAGCGCCUAGUCCGGGGCGCCGGGCCGGGAGCACGGAGCCCGCAGCCGCCGCCCGCCUCUCCACCCGGUCGCUGUCGUGAUUCCGCGUGUUGCCCGUCCGUGCCAGUGCCCCCGUGAAGUGAGCGUGUGUCUGUCGCCGGGGAGGGUGAGGCGCAGGUGCGUGCGUGCGUGCGUGCGUGCGAGAGAGACCCGAAGACGCGCGCCAGGCGUGUGAAGCAGCGUGAAGCCGGCAUCGCGCGUGUUUUGUAUGAAACUAUGUUUCCCAUCGGAGACUGGAAGCCAUCAGAGGUGCCCGAGUGUGACUAUACAAAGCGUGAAACAGUCUACGGAAGUUCCUUUUAUUUUAGUGUUAGAGCUUUAUUACAGAUUUCUAUUUUUGUCAGAACUUCAUGGUUCCUUUCGAGAUCUUUUUUGCCAAGACAUUUUGAUACUGGAGCAUCGUACACGCACCUGCCCUGCGCUCCACGCCGAGCGGGCGGGCUGCCGUGGGCGCCUUGGAGAGGGCGCUGGGGACGCUGGCCGGGGGCCGUGCGCUCCGCUUGCUGCCCGCUUCCCUCUCGCUUCCUCCCCUCCCCUCCUCCCCCUCCUCCUCUCCCCGUCCCGUCCUCUCCCGCCUCCUGCUCCCUGUCCCCCUCUUCCCCUCUUCCCCCUCCUCCUCUCCCUCUCCCCCUCCUCCCCCUCCCCCGUCCUCUCCCUCCUCCACUCCCCUCCUCCUCUCCCCCUCCCCGUUCUCUCCCUCCUCCUCCUCUCCCUCCUCCCCCUUUCCCUCCUCCCCUCCUCCUCUCCCCCUCCCUGUCCUCUCCCUCCUCCUCCCCCUUCCCCCUCCUUCUCUCCCUCCUCCCCUCCUCCCGCUCCCUCUCCCCCUCCUCCCCCUCCUCCUCCCUCCUCCUCCCUCCUCCUCCCGCUCCCUUUCCCCCUUCUCCCCCUCCCCCCACUCCCUCUCCUCCCCCUCCCCCUCUUCCUCCUCCUCCCCCUCCCCCGUCCUCUCCCUCCUCCACUCCCCUCCCCCUCCUCCUCUCCCCCUCUCCGUCCUCUCCCUCCUCCUCCUCUCCCUCCUCCCCCUUUCCCUCCUCCCCUCCUCCACUCCCCUCCUCCUCUCCCCCUCCCCGUCCUCUCCCUCCUCCUCCUCUCCCUCCUCCCCCUUUCCCUUCUCCCCUCCUCCUCUCCCCCUCCCUGUCCUCUCCCUCCUCCUCCCCCUUCCCCCUCCUUCUCUCCCUCCUCCCGCUCCCUCUCCCCCUCCUCCCCCUCCUCCUCCCUCCUCCUCCCUCCUCCUCCCUUCCCCCUCUCCCUCCUCCCCUCCCACUCUCCCUCCUCCCCUCUCCCUCCUCCCCUCCCCCUCCUCCCCCUCCUCCCCCUCCUUUUUAAACACAGAUCCUCUCAUCAUGGUCUGCAGCAUCUAACCCCUUCCUUGGUUUUCCGACACCGAGUCAGCCACGCUCUUGCGUUGUGGAUGUGAAAUGCGCAGCGUGCGGUGGUGUACGCGAUGCCGUUCUGUGACUGUAUCCAUAGAGACAGAACCCGAGUCCUGUAGGUGCCGGCACGGAGGAGCCCACACCAAAGUGAAUUUCUAUGCAUGCUCGGCAGGGUCGGGCGCCUGGGCAGGAGGAGCCUCUCCAGACGUUUUUAGAAGCACCAAGUUUGCACAGCGCGAGUGUUUUUGUAAAUAAGUGAAUUUGUACAACAGUCAUGUAAUAUACAGAACUGUAAGCAGAGACUUUGCAAAACGAAAUAAAGGGCUGCAUGCUUA